AUGCGCGAGAUCUUCGGCACCUUUGGCAAGCUGCGUGGCGUGGAGCUGGCGAUCGACAAGGUCGUCAACCUGCCCAGGGGCUUUGCGUAUGUGGAGUACGAGAGCCGGGAAGCUGCGGAGAAGGCGCGGGACCACCUGGACGGUGGCCAGAUUGAUGGCAAUACCGUGACCGUGCAAUUUGUGCUGCCCGCCCAGGCGCUCGCCGCCGCCGCGCCGCAGCCCGCCGCGCCGCCGCAGCCCGCCGCGCCGCCGCUCGCCGUCGCCGCCGCGGCGCAGGGGGCGCAGCAGCAGCCCCAGCAGCAGCAGCAGCCGCAGCCGCGGGCGCCGGAGGUCCUCCAGCAGCAGCAGCUACAGUUCCUCUUCCCGCAGCAGGAGCAGGGGCAAGCGCUGAGGUGGCUCCCCCGCUGA